UAUCCUUUUUGCGCAUGUUUUUGUUUGUGUUUAUUUUCUGACAGAAUGCAUUCUAAUUUAUUUUACAAGGACAUUUGUUUUUCCUAAAUGGACUAUAAAAGGCAAAGUGAUAGAUUAGUUUGACAGAAGUUAGGCAUUAUUGAUCAGGAAGUUAAAAAAAAAAGACGCAUUUCCUCAAACAAUAUCGGAAUUGUUUGUUUUUUGCCUAUAGGGACAACUGAUGCUAACUAAGUAAGGUAGUUUGAACUGCGUUUCAAAGAAUAAUCAUUUACAGCUAGUGUAAGGAUUUUUAUGCCUGUGGGUACAACUAAUGCUUUGUAAGUUAGUUUAAACUGCGUUUCAAAGAAUACUCAUUUACAUCUAGUGUAAGGAUUUUUAAUACCUAUAUUUAAUAUGGAAAUAGCGUACCUGAUGAAAAAUAAAUAAUCACAUGCAUUCAGGUCAUUCAGUGGUGACAAUAUUUGACAAUAAAACCUGUAUAAAAACUUGGCAGUUUAUAAUACUAAGUACCAAUUUUAUUGAUCAACAAAUCACAUCGAUUGGCCAUACCUGUCCCGGACAGAAGAAAAUUUGGAUCUUGUAAAAAUGGAGGAUAACUUUGUUCAUAUUGAAAGAGAACCAGUGACACAAGAGUCAUUUGAUAAACUUUAUCGGAAGUCAGAAGGAAAACUACAUUUAAAUGACAAACUAAAGGAUAAAUUUAACUGCUCAACAGACAAGCUUUGGAGACGAAUCUCCUCAGUGUUUCCUAUUGUAGCAGCGUUGAGAUAUUAUAAUUUCCGGGAGAAAUUUGUGAAUGAUAUUUUAGCGGGAAUUACAGUUGGACUUUUUCAAAUACCACAUGCUUUGGCUUUUGCACUAUUAGCAUCGGUAAACGUGGAGAAUGGUCUGUACACUUCUAUCUGGCCUGUUAUGCUGUAUGCGAUAUUUGGAACGUCCAUGCAUGCAUCAAUAGGAACCAGUGCUGUGGUAUGUAUGUUCACUAGAAGCAUUGUUGAUAGAGAAGUGGAGAAAUAUGAAGGCACGGUUUCUUCUAAUUCGUCAUUAAGCUCAGGACUGCUUAACAAUUCAGAGUUUAUGAACUACAAAGAAAAUGUUGCCUUAAAUAUUGGAUUCCUAUGUGGAAUUUCUUUACUUAUGUUUGGCAUUCUUAAAACAACUUUUAUUGCUCACUUACUUUCGGAACCUUUUCUGAAGGCUUUUACAUCUGCAGCUGCUGUUCAUAUUAUAAUAUCUCAAUUACCAUUAGUUCUUGGGAUCAACAUAAAAACGCACGGAGGUGUCUUUAAAAUCGUCAAUAUAUGUAGGGCUAUUAUUAACAAUUUAACAUACAUUAAAGGACUUACACUUCUGACCGCUGUAGUUACCAUUAUUGUAUUGCUAUUGUUCAAGGAAUUUGUGAAUGAAAAGUUCAAGUCAAGAUUUAGAAUACCAAUUCCGGCUGAAUUACUUGUAGUUAUUUUAGCUGUGACUAUAUCAGCAACGACUGUCUUACACAGAGAAGUUACAAUCAUCGGACAUAUCUCGGGUAUGAUACCUCAGCCUGCCAUCCCCAAUUUGUCAGGAUGUCAAACGUACUUAUUAGAUAGUUUUGUUCUCGCCAUCUUCAUGUAUGCAAACAAUGCCACGAUGUCUAGAAUAUUUGCAAAGAAACAUAACUACAUGGUGAAUUACAACCAGGAAUCGUUUGCUCACGGAAUAUGCAAUUUUGUUGGAUCGUUCUUUCAUUGCAUUCCUGUAUCUAUUUCUCCUCGGCGGUCAAUGGUAUUGUCAUUAAUGAAUACCAAAACUACUUUAACUGGAAUUUAUAUAGGUUUGUUUAUGCUGGUGAUAACAGUCAUUAGUAGAUUCGUAUUUCAGUAUUUGCCAAUUGUAACACUUUCUGCAAUAAUGAUGGUUGCUAUGCAAGGACUGCUUCUUCAAAUUUUCGAUGUCAUAAAGUACUUAAGAACCAAUAAAUUUGAGUUUUUUAUAUGGCUGUGUACAUUCAGUGCCACUCUACUUUUAGACUUCACCUUUGGUAUGUUAAUUGGAAUAGGUGCUUCUUUAAUAGCUGUUGUUGUUCAAACACAAUUAGCCGAUGGCUUUAAACUAGAUAGAAUGAUAGAAAGUAAAAUAAUGGUGGAACAUAAAAAAUAUCAAGGAACAGCUGGAAUUAGUGGAAUAAAGAUAUUCAGAUUCCAGUCUAAUUUGUACUAUGCUAACGCAGAAAUAUUUAGAAAUAAAUUGUACCACCAAACGGUCAAUCCUCGCAAACUUCUAAAAUAUAUUAAAAAGCAAGUGAAAAAAAUGCAAAAACAACUAAAAGAAGCUGGAGGUCUACAAAAAAAUACAACUGAAACAAUUAAAAAUGGAAUCUCUGGGGAUGAGAAUAUAAAUAAAACAUCCCUUCCGAAAAAAGAAGUUUCAAAUCAAAAUUCUAUUACAGUUACUAGUGACAUCCCGGCUAUCUCAGUUGCAUACGGUAAUGUAAAAAAUAGAAGUAUAAGCACUGUAUCAAGGAAUAUGUACGACCAAGAUGGGAUAUCAAGGCAGGAGAGUGUAGCCGUUAGUCUGUCAUCAAACAUUUCCAAUCUUACCUUUGAACCGGAAAUGACCGAUCCUGACGACGGCCAGGAGUAUAUCACCGACAGAAAAUAUGAGAGCAUGCGUAAAGUGCACCAUGUCAUUGUUGACUUUUCUACAGUCAAUUACAUUGAUCUAACCGGUGCCAAAAUGCUCGGACAAAUAUCAUCAGAGUAUGGAAAUGUGAACAUUAAACUUUUCCUUGCCAGUUGUUCUCCCGACAUUCAGAAAACCAUGCGCCAUGCUGGUGUGUUGGAUACAAUCCCAGCAGACUGUAUGUUCAUUGAUUUGUAUGACGCUAUUGCAAUAGCAAAACAGGCUGGACUUACAAGUAUUUGCCAACAGAAUGCAGAUGUUGUUGUCUCAGUAGAUGAAAAGUUCUAGAAAUUUUUAAUGAGAACUUCCAUUAUCUUAUGUCUGUUUACCUUUAACCAACAUUUCAUUAUUAUGUAACUUGGGUAUCGUCAUACUAGUAUUGCAUUUAGUGUUUAUGACUCGUUGCAUAUUAACAUUAUUUUAUAUAAACUAAUCAUUGCAUUAGAAUUGUGUUCAAAUCUUUUACAAUAUUAGGUGGUUAGAUAUGUAUGUACAUAAUAAGUCAUGAUAUGAUUAAUUCCAAUGCCUAAUGUUUUGAAAAUGUUAGUACAGUUUUAGUAUGCGGCAAGUAACUUAGAACACUGAGCAGUUGUAUUGUAUAAUUUUCACCUAGAAUUGCAAUCAUCGUGUAAUCGGUAUGUAUCAUUCCGUUAUAACUGCUGUCAGAUAGAAAGAUAUAAUCGUUUAUUAAAAUAUUUAAUAUCACAUUCAAAAUGCAUUUCUUGAUAUAUAUGAGCAUCAAAAAAGAUAAAUACACGAAUUUCUGUCUAGGUAGAAGGUCUAAUUUAUUUAUGUUUAGUUUGCCAGAGGGUGUUGUUAAAUCGAUGAAAUGGAAGAUCAUAAUCACAUGUUAAUUAUAUAUUUGACAAGUGAUUACAUCAUCAUUGUUUAU